UUGACAUCCAUCGCACGAUUGACAGUUAAUUGAUUUUAUUGUUUCUCGGAUUUUCGAAUAGGUACCUACCUAAAUCUUGGAAUCAAAUUUUGAGUGUUUUGUAAAUUUGUAAUUAAAAUCUUGCGCCUCACCUAAUGACCCAGUUAUCCAACUGCGUUAUUUGACAAUGAGUGAUGAGAAGAAAGGUGUUUGUCGAGUGUGUCUAUCUACUUCAAAUGGAAAAGAUUAUGUUUCUUUGUACGAAAAGCAUAAAGAUUACUUCAUAUUCGAUCACAUAAACUCUUUAGCUAAUGUUCAGAUAAAGGAAAAUGACGGAUUUCCCAAUAAGAUAUGUCGUUUGUGUCUCACAGAACUAGAAACAGCUAUCGAUUUUAGGCAAAAAUGUGAGGGUUCUAACUUGAUUCUUCAGAACGGGUUACUAACCCAGACUCCGAAUAGUAUAGAAAUAUUUAUCAAAAAGGAAGAGCCUCAGGAUGGUGAACCACCAGCAGAAGAACCUCAAGAAUGUGACCCAGCAGCUUAUUUAGAAGAAGAUCACUUCUUUGAUAAUUCAGAAUAUAAUGCCGAAGAUAAAGACUUCAGUUCCUCAACAGAGUUCACAAAAAACAUUUUAAAUAAAGUUGAAUUGGGAUUACGCAAAAGCCGAUCUAUAGAUUUGCAACUCCAGUGUCACGAUUGCGGUAGUUUCUUCAAAAGUAAAUGUAAAUUAAGAGUUCACUGGAAACAAGUCCACGCUACUGCAAAUUUGGUUUGUGGUGACUGCAAGAGAAGGUUCAAGUCACUGAAGGCAUUCUUAAGGCAUCAGAAGGAAAGAACGAAGAAUUGUCUUGUUGCUAAGAAUUUCCGUAUUGAAGGUGAGGGAAGAGCCAGAAUGUUUUACUGCAAAGAAUGUGAAUACAAGUCAAUUAGAAUUAAGGAUAUUGCCACACACUGGGUGAUUCAUACAGGAGACAGACCGUUCAAAUGUGACUUGUGUCCAAAGACAUGUACACAACUGAGUUCUUUGACAGCACAUAAAGAGACUGCACAUGCGGAAUACAAACUUGAAAUAGCCUGCCAUUACUGUGGUAAGUUGAUUAGAGGCCGUAAUCUUAUAUACCGGCACCUAAGAACCCACACUGACAAAGGAAUAGAAUGUCAAGUUUGCCACAAAAUCUUGAAGAACCGAUCUUGUUUAGCGAACCAUAUGCAAAGGCACAGCGGGCAUAAAUCAUACACUUGUGAGAAAUGUGCACAUUCCUUCUACACUAUGUCUGAACUCUCUAAUCAUAAGAGAAUGGUCCAUCACAAAGCUACUAAUUGGUAUAAAUGUGAACAAUGCGAAUAUAAAUCUCUGAGAAAAUGCAAUAUAAAAAGACACACAGCUAAGCACACUGACACAAAUGUAGCGUGCACUGUCUGUGGAACGUUUGUUGCAAAUACACAGACACUGAUUUUGCACCAACGUAGACAUUUUGAGGAGAAGAAAAAUGAAUGCCCGUUUUGUGACAAGAAAUUCUACAAGAGAGAUACAAUAAGGAAACAUGUCAGGACAAAACAUUCGGACAUAUUGAAUGCAAAUCUACGCACUGUAGGUUUUACAGUCAAAGAAGAGAAUUUGGAUAAUAAGUUGAACAAGAUAGAAAAAGCAAUAGAUAUGUUUGUAACUACAGAAAAUAGAUGCAAGUCUGUUUCUCCUAUACACAUUAAUGAUGAAGACAAUUUGAAUUAAGUUCUAGAGACUAUUCAUCAUACUAUUAUUAUAUUUAUUUUUAAGAGAUUUUUUUGUAUUUCUAUAGAGCUAUAGACAUCAUAGAUAGACUGAAUAGAUGUAAGUAGUUUGUUUUAUGCCUAUUUUAAAUUAUAUUAUCAAUAUAGGCAUCUGGUUACUAGUUUCAAGUAUGUUAUAUACAGACUUAUAUACCUGACGGAGGGCAACAGUAACUGUCAGUACUAUUCAGAGGCAGAGGACAGGAGUUCGGCUUUCAAAUAGACUACUUUGGGCGCCGUCCCACUCGCGUGGAACAGAGUACUGCACAGCAGAAGGCAAUAGGGAAACCACUGGCAUAUUUUUCCCUAUAUAAGUAGCAUGGAGAAUGCUACACCGACAAGAGUGUGACUCUUAAAUUAAUGAUGAUGAUAUAUACAGACUGGUGUGUAGAGAAUGAAACAGAGUAAGAUGGUAAGGGAGAGUAUUACCGAUCACUUGGACUGUUUAUUAAAUGUUUGUUCAGUAAAAUUGGAUGAGACAGAAGUGACUUUGAUAUGUUUGCUUACAUAAGAUCAUGGCAACUUCCCUUGGUAUUUUUUUAUCUUUUUCGUGAGUGUUGAAAGUGGAUCUUUCGUAUUAUAAUAUUAUUGUAUACUAGGUACUCCUUGUUUCCAGGCAAACAGCACAAUAUUUUUCUUCUAUCCCAGUUUGAUGCAUGACUGUGUGUACAUUCUUUGUCAACCUUUGAUGAGUAACUGUAAAUAUAGCAAAAUUCUAUUGAUAGAGGACUAUAGAAUUAAAAUUUAAGUUUGUGCGGUUAUAUUAUUUGAAGUGUUGUAUAGUGGAGUGACUGAAUGUUUGAAGAAGUUCUGCAAUAAAAGUGUAUUACUUUA